CGAGUAUAUUUGAUCUUUAAUUAUUAUUCUAACAAUUUGAAACCGCUGAUGUUACUGAAUCUUCAUUUUUCAUAGGUUGAAGUAAGCAGGCUUCUAGCUCACUUUCAAAUAGGCGCAGAGGUUGAGAUUUUGUCUACUGAUGACGAAAUAUGGUAUCCAGGAAAGGUUGUUGAUCUUAAACUGUGUGAAGGACUAGAGGAGCUGACAGUUGAGUACACGACACUCUUCGCAGACCAACAUAGACUUCAGAAACUUCAGGAUACUAUCACGGCUGACAAAAUACGUCCUGCAACACCAACUAGUGACCAAAAAUCCUUUGAGAUGAUGGAUAAGGUAGAAGUCUUUUACAACAAUGGCUGGAGCAGCGGACAAAUUAGCAUGGUACUUGGUGAUAACACAUACUCGGUGUGUCUCUAUACUUCUAUGGAAACUAUUCUAUUCAAACAUUCAGAUUUGCGAAUUCAUAGAGAAUGGAAAGAUGGAGUCUGGAAGAUGGCAGAUAAGGUGAAGCCUGAUAAGAAAAGGAAAGCUGCUGCCUCAUCACAAAAUUCAGGAAUGGAUAAUGUUUUCCUAAGAAGGAGCGAGAGGGUGCCUAAACGAUCUAGAGACACAAAAACUCCAUUCAAGUCUGACAGAAAUCCGGCUUUAACUGUAAUACCUGAGAUUAUACCUGCAGUUGAUCCGUUUUCAACUCCUGCGGAACAUAAGCUUUCAAGGCUUCAAAAUUGGAUGACAUUAAAGCCCGGCAUGCAUGAAACGUCCCUAUCAAUCAAUGAUAAUAAGAUAAGGAAAUCUUUCUUUCAAAGCAUGGAAAAUGCAAAAAAGGACCUUAAGAAAGAGCACAUUGAUGGAGCCUUUGCAAUGCUAAAUUGCAGAAGAAAUGAGAAUGCUGCUUGGUUCCACAACUACAAGAUUCCAAAGGCGUGCUUCCUACCUAUGGAGUUCUUGCAUUGCUUGCUCUCUCAUGAUUUGGCUUACAAGAAAGAAAAGGUCAAAGGUAAAAAGAUUUUCAACGAUUUAUUUAAAGAUAUUGUAAGAGGGAAGGUAUAUCCAGAGAAGACAUGGGGAGAAGAUGUUGAUGUUGUGUAUGGGAUUACUCUUGGAAAAAAAAGCAAUGUCUGGAUUGGGAUGGAAAUUCAUUUGAAGAAGAAAAGAAUCACAGUAUAUGAUUGUUUUCAAAAGGAAAGCAACAGCAUUGAUAUUCCUCAAGUGAAAAAGUUGGCAGUGUUGAUUUCUGAUCUGCUGGUGGAAUCUUCUGGUGAUGAGGUAGAUAAAGUGAAGAUGAUUCCAUUUGAGGUUGAGCAGGCACAAGGUUUACCCAAGACAAAACAUCCUUUCAACUGUGGGAUAUUUCUUGUCAAGAUUCUGGAGUGCCAGUCAUUGAAGAUAGGAGACAUGACAAAGAUUAAUGAUGACAAUGCAUUGGAGCUAAGGAGAACCUUGUCUUGUGAGAUCUUCAACCAAUUUGUGGAUGAGAGCUUUGGGAAAUGAGAAUGAUGCAUCAAAACAUUUUUUGUUUUAGUUAAGACUCGGUUUUAGUUAUGACUGUUUAUUUUGUUAUGUUGUUGGCGUCUGGUUACAUAAGAAAGAUUGGAAGGAUAUCAAGUA